CCUCACACAACAUGAUCUUCCUACGAGAAUAAAAGAUACAUUUUUGACAUCAUCAUGGCCAGCUCAGGGAGAAAUCAUCUCGGAUCCUCUUCGGCUGCGUCAUCAUCAUCUCAAAGCUCUGACAGCGAACACAUAGAUUCAAAUGUCAACACACAAGGAUCGUCUAGCUUGCUAGAUUUGAAGAGGAUAUAUGAACAGCGACGGAUACGGCAUAUCGUUUGUAUUCUCGUACGAAAUUUGGAAUUGCCAGACCUCAAAACAAAUCGACAUCGUCAAACGCCAUUGCGACCUACAGCUCAUCGAUCGAUCAGUAUAACGAGCAAUCAUAGCACGCACACACUAAAGCGCACUCCCUCUAAUCGCACACUAAGAGCAUCUGUUCGAAGAAGGGCAUCUUCCGUUGCCUCAAUCCCGCAUACCGACGAUGAAGAUGAAGAUCGACAAAGACCAUCCAGAACAUAUCAACCUCCAUCACUAUUUCUACCUUGGGAUACUGAUUCAUUGCGAAGGUCCAUCAAUGCUCGAUUUACGUAUGCAUUUGUCUCUUUUGCAGAUACCAAAAACUCUCGAAUAAUCUAUCGAACGCCGGUCACGAGAAAAUCUGGCCUUCAUCAUGCUUGGGGAAAUACUUCAGGCUCAGAUAUCGAAUCAGAUGGUAUUGAUCUUUCCCAACUGACAAAUGAGGAUGGAUCUCAAAGUCAUUUGCGCAUAUCACUCUGGGCUGCAACACAAUUGGCUGUAGAGUCUAUGCCUUCAGAGCACGAUGCGAAACGUAUCAUUGAACCUGGCUCGGAAGAAAGUAGCGGCUUUCAGCUUGUCUGGGAGAGGGAUGUGAGAUUGCAGAGCCUACACAAAGUUGAGAAAGAGCUAUCGAACGUCUCCCUGACGCUUCCGGAGAAUUCAAUGAUCUUGGGGAUGCGCUUGCCUCUUGCACAGGUACACGUUGCUGAGACAGAUUCAGGGGAUCAAGCACAAGAUGGCAAAACUCGAGAUGAUACCGGAAAGACUGGCAUAUCAAAGAGCGGAAGUGUGACACAGUAUUAUGUCGUGUUACCUCAAAUCGAGGUCGGUCAAGACCUUUCAGAGAGUGGAGGAGAAGUGCCGCUGGAGAAAAGUUUGAUCAGAAAGCUAUUGAAAGAAGGAACCUUGAAACGUGGCUAUGAUAUCGCAGACAUACUACAAGUCCUUCAAUUACAGCGUCAAAUGUUGGAGGAAAAGGAAGGCAUCGACAAUGCAGGUUCAGGUUGCUCUUCCAUCCUCACUGGAAAGGAAGAUAGCGGUGUGCAUCGGAUAGUACAGCUAGGAGAAGAUAAGGAGCGCCAACGGGUCCUGCUUGCCAAACGAGAUGCUACACGAGAAAUUGUGAAACAAAAGAGGAGAGAGAUUCACGAUCGUAAUGAAGCUUUGCAUCGUCGUCGUGCCCGACUAGAGAUCGCAAGAAGACUAUUGACGAAUCGACAAAAAGUGUAUGAAGAAUUGCGAAAGAAGAUGACACAAUUAUCCAAAGUUCGUCUGAAUAUCGAAGCAAAGAUUUAUGCACGUAGGGUCGUCAUGCUUCGUCAAGUGGAGUAUAUUUAUCCGAUUGAUCUGAUCGAUGGUGCUCAACUUUUAUUUGGGAUAGUGGAUAUUCCUCUGAUGAAUCGUGAUGGAAAUGAAGACAAUCAUACAGACAAGGAGAAAAGAAGUAACGUAAAAGUGGAUCAGAGUGAUGAUAUCGUUAGUAGUGCUUUGGGAAUGGUUGGUCAGAUGGUGGCAUUGAUCAGUGCGUACACUGAUGCUCCUUUGCAUUAUCCAAUCGCAACUGCUGGUAGUAGAUCUGUGAUUCAGGAUGGGAUCAGUGUGAUGAGUGGACCAAGAGCAUUUCCGCUUUAUUCAAAAGGCGUUGAACGGUAUCGGUAUGAAUACGGUCACUUUCUCUUGAACAAGGACAUCGAACAACUAAUGAAUCAUGCCGGCAUCACAAUCUUGGAUAUUCGCAAUACUUUGCCUAAUUUGAAGAAUCUGAUUGUUACACUCACAGCUUCUAGUCAGGUGAACAGUAAGCUAUCUCGACGUCAUCAUAUCGGAUCAGAAAUGAUUUCUUUGCCAAACACCAAAGCGGAGAGCUUGGGGAUCGGCAGACCGACAGGUCCAGCGAACGACAAGCAUCAACAAGGCGAUCAGAUCGGGUACGGAGCAGUUGUGGAAAAUCAAUCCAUUUUAGGACAUUCAAAACGGUCAACGGCAGGAUCGAGAUGGGGAAUGUCGCUUUUAGGAUGGGGCUCAUCAGCGAAUGCAGGGGCGUCCAGUCCGUCUAAAUCACCACAUCAACAAAUGUCUAAUGAGACACAAAAUAAUGUGCCAACCGUACGAACUCUAGGAAGAAGCGGAUAAUCAUGUAAUCGUACCGUAUACCCGGGUAAUCUUUCAAAAGCAUGCGUUUAUAGAAAUGAGAAUGU